AUGGUCACCUAUGGUCAGUUUGUUCUGAAAAUUGAAGGUAAGUGCAAUGUUUACGCGGACGUCGCGGAGCUCGUGAAGAAGGAUAUCAUUCUGUAUGAAGCACUUAAUUAUGCUUAUGUCCGGAAGUUGUUGUCCUUUAUGGACCCGUUUGUUUUGGAUGCUGCCUUUCAAGAUGACAAAUGUUCCGCAGUUUCUUCGUUACUCGUACUCUAUACCGGGGGCACAAUUGGCAUGCGUCCUGUAAACGGCACUUACGAUUGUGUACCAAAUCUGUUUGUACAGACGCUUAAAAACAUGCCCACUUUCAGCGAUCAAGAGUACGAAAAGGUGAAAGAAAGACCUUAUCAGAAGACGUCUGAUCAGGUUUUUCCUGAUUCCACAGGACUGCAGAACGAACGUUUUCCCGUGCACCUACAACCCUCCCAGUUCACUACCUUCGCACUACCACUCACGAAAGACCAUCGGAGAAUUUUCUACUCCGUUGCCGAGUACAGUCCUUUGGUUGAUUCAUCCGAUAUGACGCAGGACGACUGGGUUCGAAUCGCACGAGACAUCGGAGCGUACUACGAUUUUUUUGAUGGCUUCGUCAUCUUACAUGGAACUGAUACUUUGGCGUACACUGCAGCGGCGCUUAGCUUCAUGUUUGAGAACCUCGGCAAACCUGUUAUUCUUACUGGGUCUCAGCUACCCAUUUUCGAAUUUCGUAGCGAUGGAUGGGGUAAUUUCUUGGGGGCUCUGUUGAUUGCUGGUGGUAGUCAACCGAUUCCGGAAGUCACUGUGUUCUUCCAUGACAAUCUCUUUCGUGGUUCGCGAGUUGUCAAGUGUUCUAGCGAUCAAUUCCACGCCUUCGCCUCACCUAACUUCCCUGCCCUUGCUGUAUGUGGAACGGAAAUAACUUUUUUUCCGGAGCUGGUAUUUCGACCACCGGCCAUCGACCGCCCGUUUUCUGUUCAUACCGGCCUUUGUCGAGACGUAGCUAUAUUGAACAUGUUCCCCUCUGUUUCAACAGAACAUGUGGCAGCUUUCCUGGCUCCACCUACAAAAGGCGUUGUACUGCGUACAUAUGGAGCUGGUAAUGUGCCCGCAUCACGAAAAGAUUUGCUGGAACUUUUUCGGUCGGCAAGUGAGCGGGGAGUCUUGAUAAUCAACGUUACACAGUGUUAUCGUGGUGGAGUGAAAGCCGUUUAUUCUACGGGUGCGGUUCUGAACGAAUGCGGUGUCAUUCCAGGUUAUGAUAUCACAACAGAGGCCGCGCUAACGAAGUUGACCUAUGUGUUGGGGAAGGUGGAGUCUUCAGAUGUGGCAACUCAACGUUCGAUGCUUUCACGUAGCCUACGUGGUGAAGUGACUAUAGGAAGCAGCGCUCGACUGACGGAAUCAAAACUGUCCUUGUCGGAUCCAUCGAUGCUGGAACGCAAGGCGAUAUCAUAUCUGGCACAUGUGUUUACGGAAGCACAGCAUCGUGAUAUGGACACAAAGACAGCAAUUUGGGCACGACGUCUUAUUACAUCGUUCGCAUGCGAGGCAGCCGCUUCCAAUGAUAUUGCAAUGUUGGAAGAUAUAAAUGAGGCUCUUGGGCACCUUCAGCUGUCAGAUACGGAAGGUUGUUCAACGCUACACAAGGCAGCACGACACGGACACAUUCAAGCCGUGAGAUUUCUUCUACGACAUGGGGUUUCCGUGUACACAAAGGAUCUCUGGGGCCUGACACCACUUGACCACGCCAUUCAGUCGCCACGUGCUUCUUUUGAAUUGGUUAUGUUACUAUUGCACGCUGGGGCUCGUUUAGCCUUGUCGGAUUUUCACGUUCCGCGGGCGGUGAAUGCGGCUGCUGGGGCAGGUGAUAUCAAACGUCUUCGUCUUUAUCGAUUAGCAGGAUGUACGUUGGAAGAGUGGGAUUCUGAGGGACGCAGCGCUAUUCAUGUGGCUGUGGCUAAUCGGCAUUUGGAAACAGUACGGUUUCUCGUAUCACCAUGUACCCUCGAUCUGAAUCAUCCUCGAGAUCUGCCUGAAAACAGUCUAGACGUCCAUAAGUAUUUAAUUUCAGGUGCAGGAGUUCAUCCGUCUACUCGAACAAGCUGGCAAACGACAGCGCUGGACGAGGCCAGGCUACGUGGCUUUACUGAAAUCUGUGAACUGCUGGAGAGCACACUACCCUUGAGUUGAUGUUUGCCGUUUUAUUCCAGAGUGCUUAACUUUUUCCACAUUCUUCUCUCUAAUUGCUUGAUUUUCUCGCCCGCUACUAUAUUUCAGAUGUCGCCAGGUUCUUUAUAUUUUUCGAAUCUAAACUGAUUUUUAAAGCUUUCUAGUUUCGUUUUUCAUCGGUUGAACACAGAAGGAACGAUAUCUUCAUACGGCAAAAUCUGCGUUAAGCUUAAAUCUGUGGAACAAAGGAGCGCCACUUUUCCAGAGUAUUAUUUUUUCUGUCUAACGCGUGACAUUUCAAUCCCUGUUCUCCGAUCCAUAUCAGAUACAGGGUUGCAUUUGGUCUUAACAACAGUUGAACCUCGCUGUUAUUCUGAAAUACCAUUUAUAGCUAUC